CGAAGUUAACCCACAAAGUCCGCGACGCAGGAGGUCAAGAACUACUUGACCGGAACCAAUUCGAAAGAGUUGGUCCGUCCAUCUUCAAGUUGUCUUUGUGUUCGUUGAAACUUCGCAGCCUAGUUAGCUUAGCUUAGUUUACAAACAAAGAACAACGUGGUUCGACGCUUGAACAUCAAGUUGGAGCCUCCUAAAGUGUGCAAAAUGCGUGCUAGAAGGACGCCAGCCGCAAAGUUCGAGGCGGAACUUUGUGGCGCAAAAGCUCAGCAACGACAUCAACUCUCGACUGCUUGCAAAAUGCAAGUAAAAGUUGUUCUUCGCAGACUAACAGGUUUCAGCAAAUAUCUUGGUCCUGACGCUCAACAGCUAAAGAGAGAAGUUCAACUUCCAAUCAAAAAGGAGGAGGGAGAGCUGCCAUACAUUAAAGAGGAGGAUGAUAUCAACGUGUCGACUGGUGAGCCCUUGAAUAGCGAGGAUGGUCUGAGUGAGGUCAGCAGAGGGACGGAGCCUCCAAACGGCAGCAGCAGCUCAACAGGAUUGCAAACACACAUUUUCAUCGCAACAUCAAACAGAAAUGGUGCUAUGUCACGCUCACCGAACAAGGAUGAUCAUGGUCAUAAGAAAUCUCACCUAGAUGACAAAAUCUGCAAAUGCUCUGAGUGUGGGAAAACCUUUGCUAAUAACUAUACUUAUCGUAUGCAUAUGAGGAGCCACAUCGGUGAAAAACCUUUUUCCUGCUCAGUUUGUGGUCAAGGAUUCACUUCAAAGCAAAUCUUAAAAACACACUCAAGAACCCACACUGGAGAAAAACCUUUUGGCUGCUCAGAUUGUGGUCAAAAAUUCAGUCGCAAGGACAACUUAAAAAGACACACUAGAACUCACAGUGGUGAAAAACCUUUUUCCUGCUCAGUUUGUGGUCAAGGAUUCACUUCAAAGCAAAUCUUAAAAACACACUCAAGAACCCACACUGGAGAAAAACCUUUUGGCUGCUCAGAUUGUGGUCAAAAAUUCAGUCGCAAGAACAACUUAAAAAGACACACUAGAACUCAUAGUGGUGAAAAACCUUUUUCCUGCUCAGUUUGUGGUCAAGGAUUCAGUCAUAAGAGUGCCUUAAAAGUACACACAAGGACCCACACUGGAGAAAAACCUUUUUAUUGCUUUGAUUGUGGUCGAGGAUUCAGUCAAAAGCAAGACUUGAAAAGACACACAAGAACCCACACUGGCGAAAAACCUUUUUCCUGCUCAGUUUGUGGAGAAAGAUUCACUGAGAAGGGCAACUUAAACACACACACAAGAACCCACACUGGUGAAAAACCUUUCUCCUGCUCAGUUUGUGGUCAAGGAUUCACUCAAAUUCACCCCUUAAAAGUACACACAAGAAUCCACACUGGUGAAAAACCUUUUUCCUGCUCAUUUUGUGGUCAAGGAUUCAGUCAUAAGAGUGCCUUAAACAUACACACAAGAACCCACACUGGAGAAAAACCUUUUUCUUGCUUUGAUUGUGGUCGAGGAUUCAGUCAAAAGCAAGGCUUGAAAAGACACACAAGAACCCACACUGGCGAAAAACCUUUUUCCUGCUUGGAUUGUGGUCGAGGAUUCAGUCAAAAGCAAGACUUGAAAAGACACACAAGAACCCACACUGGCGAAAAACCUUUUUCCUGCUUGGAUUGUGGUCGAGGAUUCACUCAAAAGCAAGACUUGAAAAAACACACAAGAACCCACACUGGCGAAAAACUUUUUUCCUGCUCAGUUUGUGGAGAAAGAUUCACUGAGAAGGGCACCUUAAACACACACACAAGAACCCACACUGGUGAAAAACCUUUUUCCUGCUCAGUUUGUGGAGAAAGAUUCACUGAAAAGGGCACCUUAAACACACACACAAGAACCCACACUGGUGAAAAACCUUUUUCCUGCUCAGUUUGUGGUCAAGGAUUCAGUCAUAAGAGUGCCUUAAAAGUACACAUAAGGACCCACACUGGAGAAAAACCUUUUUCCUGCUCAGUUUGUGGAGAAAGAUUCACUGAGAAGGGCAACUUAAACACACACACAAGAACCCACACUGGUGAAAAACCUUUUUCCUGCUCAGUUUGUGGUCAAGGAUUCUCUCAAAAGCAAAAUUUAAAUCGACACACAAGAACCCACACUGGUGAAAAACCUUUUUCCUGCUCAGUUUGUGGUCAAGGAUUCUCUCGAAAGCAAAAUUUGAAUCGACACACAAGAACCCACACUGGUGAAAAACCUUUGCCUGCUCUGUUUGUGGGUAAGGAUUUACUCAAAACCAUGACUUGAUAACACACAUAAUAACCCAUAGUGGUGAAAAACCUUUUUCCUGCUCCGUUUGUGGUCAAGGAUUUAAUCGUAAGUGUGCCUUAGAAGUACACACAAGAACCCACACUGGUGAAAAACCUUUUUCCUGCUCAGUUUGUGGUCAAGUAUUCGCUCGAAUUCACCACUUAAAAGUACACACAAGAACCCACACUGGUGAAAAACCUUUUUCCUGCUCAGUUUGUGGUCAAAGAUUUGCUCUGAAGCACCACGUAAAAGAACACACAAGAACCCACACUGGUGGAAAAAAAAUUUCCUGCUCAGUUUGUGGUCAAAAAUUCGCUCGCAAGGAUCGGAUUAAGAGACGUGUGUAUAGGUGUGAAAAGCAGUGGCCAAUGACAGUUUUGCCUGUCAUCCAUGCUGCCUAGAUCAAAUUGUGCAUGCAGGUCAAUUGUAGUCUGUAGAGUUUCCUCAAAUCCUGUUGAGGAUUGGCAAUAUUGGUGCCUUACAUGUGCUUUGUCCAAUCCUUGUAUAAAGUGGAUCCACACUAUUGCCAAAAGUAUUGGCUCACCUGAUUUAACCCUCAAAUUGAGUGGCAUUAUUUAUACAAUACUCUCUCUCUUUCAAACUACACUUUUCACAGCUAAUAUUCGAAAUGGUAUACCCCAAAUUACAAAAAUUCAAAAUCAUUCAUCAAUAGUAUAAUUACAUAAAUAUCCAAAUUAUGAUCGGCUCCCAAAUAUUAGUUUUUUGGGUUAGGGGUGAUUAUAUAUAAUUUAAAAAGUUAGUAUUCUCGAUUGACAGUGACUUAUUAUGACAGAGUAUUGGGGCCAAAUAAACGGAGGGAAAAAAAUACUAGAUUAAAGUUGUACUCUUACUACAAGACAAAAAAGUCGUAUUACAUAAAUGUAAUGUAGCUGAAUAAGGGGCUACGCACUUUAUGUGCAUGUACCUUAGCUGGGAGCUCCGACAAAGCAUCAGUAAAAUCCUUCCAUUGAUUAUGAUUUGAUGUAUAUGAGCUAAAAGAUAACGGAUUUCCUUAUUUUGGAAACUGAUUCUAAAACACAGCCUCACGAGCUGCUUUCAUUACCGUUGACUUUAGUGGUGGCGGCAAAGCGCUACGGAAAGUACGUAGCUGCUUAUUCAGCUACAUUACCCCCACGUAACAGGACGACUGUUUUCCCUCAUCGUAACAGUACGACUAUAAUAUCGUAGUCCUCUUUAUUUUGGCCUAAUACUAUGUCGUACAAAUCGGACAAUGAUUAUUUAAAUUAUUUGUACUGUUAAUCGUUAUGGCCCCCGUUGAUGAAAAUCUCUCGACUCUGCUUCGAAUUUUAAAGUGCUUGUACUUCACUGUGCUUGUUAAUUUUAUUCAUUCAUA